AUCUGCUCCCUCGCAGGGGUAUAAAUAGCGGCUGUCUGGCCCUAUUUCUGAACAGUCUCCUCUUGAUCGUCGAACAAACAAGUUAAAGAAAGCAAAAAUGAAGGUUUUCGUUGCCAUUUGUGUGCUGGUUGGUCUGGCCUCUGCUGACUAUGUGGUCAAGAACCGCCACGACAUGCUGACCUAUCGGGAAGAGUGCGUGAAGGAACUGGCCGUUCCCGUGGAUCUGGUGGAGAAGUACCAGAAGUGGGAGUACCCCAACGACGAGAAAACCCAGUGCUACAUCAAGUGCGUCUUCACCAAGUGGGGCCUGUUCGAUGCCCAGUCCGGCUUCAAUGUGGAGCACAUCCACCAGCAGCUGGUGGGCAACCAUGCCGAUCACAACGAGGCCUUCCACGCCACCCUGGCCGCCUGUGUGGACAAGAAUGAGCAGAAAUCCAGUGACUGCGAGUGGGCCUAUCGUGGAGCCACCUGCCUGCUGAGGGAGAACGCUGCCCUGAUCCAGAAGAGCCUGGCCCCCAAGGUUUAGGUCUUAAUGGGACGACAGUACUAAUAAGAUUUAAUUGUAGUUAAUAAAGUAAUGACUUUCCAACAAACUUGA